AUGUCAUUUCAAGUUAAAACAUCACUACUAGAUAACGCAGAUGGAUCAGCUGAACUAAUACUAAAUAACACAAAGACAUUGGUGUCUAUAUCGGGUCCAAUAGAUCCAAAACCAAGACAAGAAUUACCACAACAAGCGAGUUUAGAAAUUAUCAUUAGACCAUCACAAGGAUUAUCAACAACAAGAGAAAAAUUAUUAGAAGAUAAAUUGAGAUCAUUAUUACAAUCUAUUAUAAUACGUUUUAAAUACCCAAGACAAUUAAUACAAAUUGUUAUACAAUUUUUAAUUAUUGAUGAAUCACCAUUUUUCACAUGUAAUGAAUUAAAUGCAGCCAUAAAUUGUUGCUUUUUCGCUCUUGUUGAUGCUGAUUUAGCAAUAUAUCUGAGUUUUGCAUCUAUAGUGGCUUGUUAUAAUCAAGGAAAUAUUAUUUUUGAUCCACCAGGAGAUGUUUUAGAAACUAGUGAUUCUCACCAUGUCAUAUGUUUUAAUUUCAAAGGUGAUAAUGUUGAAAAUUUAAUGCUAUUGGAAAGUGCCGGAUCUUUCACAGAACUGGAGUUGUUUGAUUUAAUAUCUAAAAGUGUAAAAUAUGUUGAAGGAAUACAUCAAGACCAGAGGAAAUAUAUAAGUAAUAAGAUUGAAAAUGAUUAUAUAUGGAAAUAG